AUGUCCAGCGUUGUACAUCCAGCGCCAUCUCACGAGAUUGCUGGCAUGGAAGAGCGUGAAUCAAAGCGUAGAAGGACCACAACUGAUCAUGUUGACAAGUCAAAGUUCCAGCCGGGAGCUAUUCUGAAGGUUAAGGUGAAGAACUUUGUUGUGUAUUCUCUGACCGAGUUUCAGAUGUCUCCCUCGUUGAAUAUGAUCAUUGCGCCGAACGGUACUGGUAAAAGUACACUUGUGUGUGCCGUUUGUCUUGGUUUAGCUGGUUCUCCGGCGUUGCUGGGUCGCCAAAAGACUCUAGCUGGAUUCAUAAAGAAUGGCGAGGAGUCCGCAACCAUCGAGAUCACACUGAAGAACAAGGGCGAUCAAAAAGAUGUUCUGAUCACCAGAGACAUUUAUCAAAACAACAAAUCUGAUUGGUAUCUUAACAAUAAGCCAACUUCCGAGACAAAGGUUAAAGCUGCACUCGAACAGCUGAACGUGCAGUUGGAUAACCUAUGUCAAUUCCUGCCACAGGAGAAAGUUGCAUCGUUCGCUGCCUUGGAUCAAAAGGAACUGCUGUUGGAAACUCAAAGAGCAGUGGAUAACAAACUGUUCCAACAGCACAAAGAAUUGAUUUUCUUCGACGAUCGCAAACGUGAAAUCGAUGCAAAGCUAACAGAAGCACUUGCUGAGAAAGCAAGACUUGAGAUAGAGCAAGCACGUUUCGAAGAAGACGCAAAGAAGUAUGACGCCCACCAAAAGAAGCAAGUGGAGAUAAGGCUCCAUACUGAUCUCUUGUCCUUUGCUAGGUUAGAGGAUCUCAAGGUUCAAACUGCAGAACUUAAAGCCAAACGUGAUGAGAUUAAAGCUAGGCUGGACUCGUAUGAAGAUGACAUUGCGCCCUUUGAAGACGCCAAGGCAGAUGUGGAAAGAGAACUGGAGAAGGCCGCAAACGAGUCAUAUGAUAAGCGUAACAUUACGAAGAAGUAUGAAACCAAAUUGAAGGAGUCCGAAAAUGCCAUAGAGAAAGUCGACGACAAGAUUGAAAAGUUAAAGAAUACCAACCGUAAACUCGAAGAAAGAGCCACUGAGAAGAAAGCUGAGUUAGAGAAGAGUACUCAAAUUUUAGAAUCGGCCAAGGAAGAACUUGCUGGGUUGGAAAUUGUGACUGACAAAGAGCUGAAGGAUGCUUCAAAUGAAACAGCGAGAAUACAUGAUACCAUGAUUGAAUUUGACAAUAGGAUAGACGAUCUGAGGGAGCAGGUUGCCGAUAAGAAAAGAACAAUCAGGAAUUGUCAACAAGCAGCGGAGAGGCAUAAAGCAGAACUAAACUCAAACGAUAAAAUUCAAAUCUUUGACAUGGACUCCAUGAGAAGAAAUCGUGGUGCAGUUGCGGUGAAAAAGGCAGUGAAACUGUUACGUUCAGAACUAAAAGGUCUCAGGAAUGAGAUCUUUGAACCACCAUGUCUUACAGUAACAGCAAAGUCUUCAUAUUAUGCGGACUAUCUUGAAGAGUUGGUUCCUUUCCAAACUUCAAUUUCUCUCACAGCCAUAUCGAAGGAAGCAUUUGACAAACACUCCCCAGAGUUCAUGGAGAAGAGAAAUAUACAUGUUCCAUUCAGAUAUUUGAGUUCAAAAGUGUCUCCAACUAAGUUUUCUCAAGAAGAACUGAAACAAUUCGGUUUCGAUGGCUACCUCAGCGAUUUUCUGGAUGGUCCAAAGCCAGUAAUUCGUAUGCUGUGUGAUAUUGCCUACGUCAAUGAUGUUCCUGUUGCAGUCAAUCCACUAAGUGACAGAGAACUCGAUGCUCUGUGCAACCCACGCAAUGGACAGAUUAUGUUCAAGAAGUUCUUUUCUGGUGAUACGUUGUACACGCUGGCCAAGUCGCAGUACGGUUCUAGACAGGUCACCACUAGAACUACUCACGUUUCAAAAGCCCAAAUAUAUGGCGAUGGUGGUAUAUCUGAAGAGACAAGGCGUCGUAUUCAUGAACAGAUUAAGAAAGCCAAUGACACUGCUCAAAAUUUCGAACGCGAACUAGUUCUAUUGAAAGAGAGUAUUGAGUCUGUUACUCAGGAAAAGGAAGAGAUAAUGGGCAACUUCAAUCAUUACAGAGCAAUUGAGGGAUCUUUAAAGGAGAAGAAGAAAAAAAGAGAAAAGGCAGAAGUCAGAAUUUCAUUGAUAGAGAAGAAAGUUGAUAUACUGAAGACAGAGUCAAACAAAGAUUACAAACAAGAGAUCCGGAAAAAUCGACAGAGGAUCAAAGUUCUAGAAAUAGCUAGAAUUGAUUCAUUGUGUGAUAUUGCCGAUACCCAAUGUCUUCUAGCUAAAGCAGCUCGUGAAGUUGCUAUAGCUGAUAUCCGCAAAAUCGAGGCCAAUAGCAAAAGACUUGCUCUUGAGACACUUUUCAAAUCUAUUUUGGAAGGGAAGGAGAAACUGAAAGCAGAGUUGGCUCAUGCCAAAAGGGAGCUACAGAGACUCAAGGAUGAUCCAGAGAGACAGGAGUUAAAAGCACGUAUUGUCAACCUGGAUGUUGAGACAAAAGAGAGUCUCAUUGAUCUCAUCCAGAAGUAUAGGGAGGAAAAUACAUUUACUGAAGAAGGUGUCAGGCUCACUUUGGAACGUUUGCAAAGUGAACUGACAUUGCUUGGUUCAAGUUCUAGAUCUUCCAUCAAGGCUCUCGAAAGAGUUGUAAAUCAACUCAGGGAACUUGAUGCUAAAAUUCCAGAGUAUCAGGGAACUAGGGAACUUGAGAAUAAAAAGAUUAAAGAGAUUCUGAGUGUAUGGGAACCCCAACUGAAUGACAUGGUUCAGAGAAUCAGCGCCAAGUUCUCCACCAUUUUCCCAACUGUUGGAAGUGCUGGUGAAAUUCGUGUUACUAGAGCUGAAAGGUUUAGUGACUGGAAACUGGAAAUUAUGGUGAAGUUCCGUGAUGAGGCCGACUUGAAGCCGCUGGAUUCCCACACCCAGUCUGGUGGAGAACGUGCCGUUUCUACCGUGUACUUCAUGAUCAGCAUGCAAGAGUUGACUUCUUCGCCGUUCAGGGUAGUGGACGAGAUCAACCAAGGUAUGGAUACGAGAAAUGAGAGGGUCGUUCACAAACAUAUGGUUGAAGUGGCCUGCAAAGAGCAGACUUCACAAUACUUUUUGAUUACACCAAAGUUGUUGACGAGUUUACAUUAUGCGAAGAAUAUGAGGGUUCACUGUAUCAUGUCAGGUCCCUGGACUCCGAAUCCAUUUACCCACCCAAAACUCCUCACACUUGGUGCCACUUCGUUGUACGACUAG